UCGUGUUCCAUCUUUUCCAGGGGCGGCUGAUUCAGAUAUGAGUCCAGAUGGGGGUAAAAAGUCUCUGAAUUGGUCUUAUAUGGCUGCAGGAUUGGGGACACUCCUCACCAUGUCACUUAUCGUUGUGAUGGCUGUCAAAUUCCGUGUCUUCCACCGUUUCCUUGCCAGCUAUCGACACUCCCUGCUUCAAGAGUCGGACGGCGUUAGUCAGUACGGUCAAGACGAUGUGCCCUUCCCUAAUGUUGUAUCAGCCAGAGUGGGCGUGGGCGGGAGGACACACACUGAGCUGGAAGACGACGAUGAUGGCUUCAUUGAAGAUAACUACAUUCAGACCAAUGAGAGAGAAAGGGCAGAGAGAGGACGAGAAGAGGAGGAGGAAGAGGAGGAAGAAGAGGGGGAGGGGAUGGAGGACAGUGACGAUGAUCUUCAGUUCACCAUAGGCUGAGACUGAGCAAACAAAGACGACUAAACAGCUGGUUUACAACUAUCACAAGGCGUUAGAGAUCAUUACUGUGUAAAAGCUGUCGUUCCCACCCUUUGUGGUUUCUUAUCUUUACAGUGAUGCAGAAUGGUGUGGUUGUCAGGCACAGUUUUUCUGAUUUGAUUUGUAAAAUAGAUAUCAGGCACAAAUUAUUUACAAAUCAAAACUUAUAAAGCUAGUUGACUUGUGUGAAAGGUACAUUGUAAUAGAGCAUA